GCCAAGUGGGAGAGCGAUCACUUCUGGCUCUGCUUGCUGGCCUUGGGCUUCAAUCCGAAAUGUCACGAAGGCGUAAGGCUGGGGAGCUCAGUGCGCCUGCACUACCUGCGAGGUCUUACAGCGAACACUGAGGAAGACCCAGAGCCUUCAUCGGAAACAAGACCCCCGAAAGGACGAGGGACUCCCGACCACUGCAGAAGCAAGCACAACACAACACAGUGACAUAGAUUUUAAGAAUAGAAACUAGGAGGAGCUUUCUAGAAAAUUCUGAAUUAAUAUGCAUUAUAAACAGUAUAUAAGUGAGAUUUUAGCUAGACUGAUUUGGUACGGUGUGAGAGGAAUGGCCCUACCCAUACCCCCGGUCAGGGUAUCCCCUGGUUGGUUUUUCUUAUGCUUUAUUCAGCCAAACCAUUGGACCUCUAUUAUACAUAAGUUGCUGCUAAAUUUUGUAUUUACUCAAAUUUAUAUAACUCAUAUAUUUUAAUUAUAUUCAUUUAUAUACAAUUGCUAUUAUUAAUAAAUUACUGCUAAAUUUAACUCUAUUGUUUGAUUAAUUGGACAAAAUCGAACACAUCCAAUACCCAUUUAUAACAUGUAGCAUCGUAGAUUGUUAGUGGGCUGGAAUUGACCUUGAAACAGCACACAGAAUUCCAUCCCCGCUGUGGGCCGGGACAUCUCCCACUAGACCAGAUUGCUCAAGGCCUUACCCAGCAUGGCUUUAAACACUGCCACGGUCGAGGUAUCUGCAAUCUCCGUGGGCAGCCUGUUUCAGUGCCUCACUGCUGGCACUGUAAAGAUUUUAUCCAAAUAUCAAACCUAAAUGUUCCCUCUUUCAAUUUGUACUCAUUACUCCUUGUUCUGUCACUCCAAUUCCUGGUGAAGACCCAUCUCCAGCUUCCCUGUAGGCCCCCUUCAGAUACUGUCAGGUUGCUCUAAGGUCUAUGUACUGUCUUUAUAGGUGAGGUCCUCCAGUCUGCUUUUCAACUUGGUGCCCCUUCUCUGGACAUGCUCCAACAGCUCCAUGCCUUUGUAAUUGUUAUAAAUAAGAAACAAAAGUCUCGAUAUUCAGCAAAAUUUAGAUUGCUUUAUUUUAUAUAGACAGAGCAAGCAGCGCGCUGGGGAAAACGUGAGGUGUCACCGCCCACUCCACACUUCCACCGAACUUGGUUUGCAGCUCCCUUUUAUACCAUGGUUUCCUUGUAGUCAUCAAUAAUAGUUAUAUUUUUUGCUGUCCUAAUUCUGCCAGGUAAGCAGUGGUGGUCCAUGGGAUCACUGGACGACGUGAGUCUCUAGGCAAUUUAUCAAAUCCCAUAGCUAACCAUCUGGUUUUGGUAGAUAAGGAAUGGGAGAAGUCAGGAAGUCAGGUCUUAUGGAUAGGCUGCAACUGGUUACACAAAGGCAGGAAAUCUGAUUUUGCAGAAUCUGUGUGAAAGCCUUGUUUUGCAAGCUGUCAGUAGAUACACAACUUAUUUAGAAAAUGUAAUAUUCAUAACAGGGGGAUUUAAAAUUGAACGAUUUAAUCAUAUAUUUUCCUUUCUUUAAUGUCAUGCUUCAUUUCAGACCUAAGUGUUCUGGUUUGUUCAAACGCCAAUCCUUUUAUGACUUAUAUGAAUCUUUUAUCAGUUAUCACAUUAUAUUGGGGGCACCAGAACUGAAUGCAGCGCUUUAGGGAGGGGUCUCACAAGAACAGAGCAGAGGGGCAGAGUCACCACCUUAGACCUGCUGGCCACACUGUUUUUGUCGCAGCCCUGGAUUUCACCUGUGCUAAAUAGGAUGAAAGGGGCACAUUUCCAUAGGAAAUAAAGCAUUCAAUUAAUGACUCUGUAACAUAAUAUUGUUUGUAGUCCUUAGCAGCCAGUAAAAAUGCUCUGUUAAUUUGUCACCAUAACUACUUCUGAUCUGUGUUCAUUUCUGUGUUAGGGAUAUGUUUGCUAAACCAAAUGGCAGAGGGUUUGCUGUCGUUGUCCGCUUCUUGUUCACUAAACUGGAUAAGCACCGUGCAAGACAAGUUUUUGAGCAAUCUGGAUGGAGAAAACUACCUAGUCCUAGAUUUAGGAAGCACUGCUGGAUGUGGCUAAGGGAAAUUGCAAAGCAAAAGGAAGUCGAUCUGGAUCUUCCCCGAAUUACCCCUUCCUCACUUAUUUGUCCUGGCGGUGCCAAGUUUGUUCACAUGAUCUACUGCUUGGCAAGAUACGUCAUGAUUGAGGAGAUGAAAAAGCUCUCUGUAGGCACUGGUAUACCUUUUGCUGAAGCUAUCAUGCGGAGACCUAAGGAUCUGUACAUGGCAAAAGCCAGACACAGAGUGGCAUACAAUAAACUGCUGCAAACGCUGCAACAGAAAGACUUUGUUUUGCAAGAAUACAGGAGAAGAGCAGGGGUUUUAAAGAGAGAAAUACAGCAGACAAAGGCUGAAUGUGAAGCUGCACAGGAGCAGUUAUCUCGGAUGAAACAAAAUGGUCAGAACAAAAAUGACACAGCUGAGAAAAUUCAGAAGGUCCGCAGCAUGUGGGCACUGAUAGUGGAAACGCUGACAUCUCUGAGAAAGGAGAAGGAGAUUGUGGAUUCUGUACUUGCAGACUGUGCUAACCCACGUGUUCUAGAUGGAACUGAUGUUGUUUUGAGUGUCCCAGCAUUGCUGACUCACACAGUUGAAAGUAAUAAAUAUGGCUUUUGUACAGGAAAUUUAUAUGAAGGUGGAAAACUGAAUUUCCUAACAGUUAUUCAGUUGCUAAAUGAAGCCCUGAUGACAUUGAGAGAUGAACAUUGUCCAUGUGAAUUAAAAACACUUCACAGAAUUGAGGACUUGAUCACAUGCUACAGGAAUGUACUACAUUCUUGUAAAAGCCUGUGCAGAAAGCAGCAGCACUGUGAGCCAAAUGUUCAGUCUGUUUCCAGAGAGCAGGAAACCUGGGAAUCGAAGUGGAAAACGGUUCUUGGCCAGUGUCCUUCAAAUUUAAUCUUUCAAGAUGGUCUACAACCUUUGGAAGCUUCAUCACUCCAGUCUUUCAGUUCUUCAGACGAAGAUGAACACCCUAUCUUUUGUCAGUCAUUUUCAGAUAAUGAUGACUCUUGUCAUGAAAAAUGCCAUGGGAAGAAUGAUGGGGCUUUAGAAACCAUGAAGGAUACAGCAUUAAUCCCCUCAAAAAGCUGCUUUCUCUCUCCCUCCUUGAGAUGCUCAUCUGUGGCGUCAUCAUCAGAAGCGUCUGGAAAUGGAGACCCGUUAAUUGCAAAUAACUUGCAUACUUGUGUGGGAAAUAAACAAGCUGUGUCUCCAAAAAUCUUAAGAAAUGGAAAGGAAGGAUUCCCCACUUCAGAAAUGGAGGAGAAUGUAGGCGAAAAUGUUCUACAGCCGAAGUCUGCUGUGCAAAAAGAUGACCUUCUUGAGAAAGCCAGAGAUGAACUGGUAGAAGAGAUUGCAAGGUCAGUGUGCGAGUCAAGUGACAGUGGUGAAGAAAAAGGAAUGGCAUUAGAGGAUCUCAUUAGCUCACUGCGUUUUAACCCAUUUGUAACAAGGAAACAAAUCCCCCGAACUCCAGAGAAUCUGCUUACUGAAAUUAGAAGUUCGUGGAGAAAAGCUCUUCAGCCUGAGGGCUCCUUAGACCUGGAGCUGUCCGCAGCUGAAGUGGUGACAGAAGAAUCUUCAGUGAAUGCUGUGCCUGGUGUGCAGGAGGAGGUGGACUCUACCUCUGUGUGCUCUGAAGAUGGAUCUCCUGUAUCUGAUUUGGGUCCUCCUGUGGCAGAAAAGAAGUCUCAAUUCAGUUCUACAGAAUCUAGUUCUCAGGAGCAGGUGAGCACAAAUCACACAUUUGAGUCUUCAGAUUCAAAAACAUCUGGAAUUCAAGAAAGUGCGAGAACUGACUCAGAGGAACUAGGUUGCUCUGCUUUGAGUGGAAGUUAUGUAGAAGAUCCAAGCCAGACUUUGCAAAAUUUAGAGAAGAGCAUGAAUAUUGCAGAUACUUGUUUGAAAAGUGAUAGCAGAACAAAUGCACGACCUUCAGAGCACUUUUCUCGUGGCAGUUUUCUCGUGGGUGAGAUGCUGUGCCAGAAUGCAUCUGCCUUAAAUUCUGUCAGCCAUGGAACUGCUGACAUGGGGAUAUGGAAUGAGACACUUCCAGAAUGUGACACAGACUGCAGCACAUCUGCAUGCUCAGAUUCUUUUUUUAGAAUGGACAGUGAAAAGUCAAUGGAUGACUCAGGAAAUGAUGAGGAUAUUAAAAGAACGGACUUAGAUCUACCGUCCCUGUCCAACUCAUGUGAAGUGCUAAGAAAUACGGCAUCUGAAAGUGAAGAGGAGCUGUGUCAAACACAUCAUAGAGACAAAUGCGAAAGAGCUGAACUAAGCACAAUAUCAGAAGAAGGAGAGGAAGAUGAUGCUGAUCCUUUGAUAGAUGAAGGAUUUCCCAAGGUGCUAUUGCCAAACUCUACUCAUGAAAGCAAAUAUUCCCCAUCACCUUUACCAGUGUCCUUCCAACAGAUGGGUGGUGAAUGAAGUCCCGUUAGACUUACUACAUAAAUUGAAGUUG